AUGGAGGCGGCGGCGGACGCGGCGGAGCAGGUGCUCGCGGACGUGCGUGCCCGCAUCAACGAGGUGGAGGCAAGUGACUGGCGCGAGAUCCGCUGCUACCCCAAACCCCCAUACAUUGUCGUGCUCGUCAUGAAGGCGGUGCUCACAGUUAUCGGCGAGCGGUGUGUGUCGUGGGGGCAGAUUCAGGGCGUCAUCCGUAGCCCGGAGUUUGUGCGCACGGUGGCGCAGUUUGACCCCGCCAAGCUGAGCGCGGCAACCAAGGCGAGCAUCCAGCGGCAGUUUCUGUCCAACCCCCGCUUCACCUACGGCGACGCCAUGAGCGGCAGCCAGGCGCUGGGAUAUCUGCAGCAGUGGGUGGUGGCGCAGCUGGAGACGUCGAGCGCCGCAGAAAACCUCGCUGCCUACGACGUGCAGCACCUGAACGAGUGGGUAGAAAUCACCGGCCUGGAGGACCAGCUUGCGGCGCUGCAGCGGGCGGUGCUAAGGUACGCCGCGGAGGAGGAGCGACUGCGCGCGAGGCUGGAGGGUCGACCGACGCCGGCCAGCGUGGAGGCCGGGCAGGCGGCGCAGUCCCCCCGCGACGGGGCGGCGGCGGCGGCGGCGGCGGAAGGCGAAGGCGACGCGGCGGACAGCCGCACUGCGGAGGACGUGGACGACGUGGACGGCACCGGCGCCAUCUGGUCCUUCGCGGAGGACUCCGUCGUGACGCUGCACGCCGCCGUUCUCUGCAACUACGGCAAGCCGGAGAGUCUGGUCACCCGCCUGACGGCGGAGCAGGUGCAGGAGCUGAAGGGCGCACUGAAGGGCCGCGCCACCGGCUGGAAGGAGCAGCAGCGCGCCGACGCCGCCCACCGCAAGUUGCAGGCCGCGUUGGAGGGGCUCCGCGGCGAGCACGGCCGCACGCUGCAGCGGCUGCGGGAGCUGGAGAGCGGCCGGCACGAGACGCAGCGGGAGCUGGAGGAACGGCAGCGGGAGCUGGAGAAGCUCAACCAGGCGAUCACGGAGGCCGGGGUGCCGCUGCACCCCUCGCGGCCGUCGUCCACGAGCUCCCCGUCGUACCCGACGCCGCGGAGCCUGCGUCGCCGCACGCCGCAGCUUCGCGCUCUCAGUCCCACGGCCGGCUCCGCCGUGGGCCCCCGCGAGGAUGAGGCGGCGGAGGACCCCGCCGUGAAGGUUGAGGAUCUCGAAAACCGUCUCAGGCGGGCGUUGCACGAGAACCCCACGGCGGCGCAGGUGCAGCUGCUGGAGGACGACCUCCGGGCCGUGCAGGAGGAGUUGCGCUAUGCGAAGGAGGAGCUUGACAACUUCCGCACCGCGAACGCGCCGAACUACUACACCUCCUCGGCGCUGCAGAUGGACAAGGCGAGCACGCCCGAGGCGCAGCUGGCAGCGGCGCAGCGGCAGAUUGAGGAACUGGAGGCGGAACUUGAGGAGGCCCUCCGGCAGGGCACGCGACAGCCGGUGCCGCCAUUGCAGCUGCGCGCGACAGGGGAGGGAAACGCCGCGGCGGGCGAGCUGCAGACGCGUAUUCAGCAGCUGAGCGAUGAGCUGCAGCGGCAGCGCCGGGACGCGGAGAACUUCGCCGAGCAGCUGAACGCCGAGCUGCACGCGCACGAGGCGACCCGGCAGAAGUUGGCGGACAAGCAGCGGGAGCUCACGGCGCUGUGGGACCGGCAGUGCGAGGCGGAGGGGGAGAAGGAGUCCACUCACGCCGCACUGCGGGAGAAUGAACGUCAGCUGGAGACGCUUCGCGUCCAUCUGCGCGCGCAGGAGGCGGAGGAGCGAAAGCUGCAGGAGAAGCUCCAGGCGGCGUGCCAGGAGGAGGGGCGGCGGGGGUCGCAGUCCAAGUCCGCCGACGAGCGUCGUGCGCUGCAGCUGCAGGAGGUUGUGAGACGGCUCAGGGACGAGUCCGAGCGGCAGUCGCGGGAGGCAAAGGCGACGGAGAAGGUCCUCGAGGAGGUGCGGGCGCGGCUCGGCGCGGCUGUGGCGGCGUAG